AUGGAUAUCCAAAUUAGGUUGGAAAAUGGGAAUGGGGUCCCCAGACUGGGCCCGUACGACUCGCUCCCCAGCUUUCGCGACGUCCCGAAUUCUGAGAAGCAGAACUUAUUCCUUAAAAAGCUGAACAUUUGCUGCGUUGUGUUUGAUUUCACAGACCCCACCGCAAAUCUCAAGGAAAAGGACAUCAAGCGGCAGACCCUGGUCGAGCUCGUGGACUACGCAGCCUCAGCCAAUGGGAAAUUCACGGAGACCGCAAUGCAAGAGAUUGCGCGCAUGGUGUCCGCAAACCUGUUUCGCACGUCUCAUGCCCUUGCGCGUGAGAGCAGGGCCUUUGAGGCCUUCGACCUGGAGGAGGAGGAGCCGCUGAUGGACCCCGCUUGGUCCCACCUGCAGGUCGUUUACGAGCUCCUUCUCCGGUUUGUGGCCUCCCCCGAGACGGAUGCCAAGCUGGCGAAGCGGUAUGUGGACCACUCGUUCGUGCUCCGGCUGCUCGACCUCUUCGACUCGGAGGACCCCAGGGAGCGGGACUACCUCAAGACCGUGCUUCACCGCAUAUAUGGUAAGUUCAUGGUCCAUCGCCCCUACAUCAGGAAAGCCAUCAACAACAUUUUCUACCGAUUCAUAUUUGAGACGGAAAAGCACAAUGGGAUAGCCGAGCUCUUGGAGAUCCUGGGGAGUAUAAUAAAUGGAUUUGCAUUGCCCCUGAAGGAGGAACACAAGCUGUUUCUAGUACGGGCGCUUAUCCCGCUCCACAAGCCUAAAAGCAUACCAGCUUACCACCAGCAGCUCUCUUACUGUGUGACCCAGUUUGUGGAGAAAGACUGCAAGCUGGCAGAUACUGUCAUCAGGGGUCUGCUUAAGUAUUGGCCGGUCACUAAUAGUUCGAAGGAGGUGAUGUUCCUGGGGGAGUUGGAGGAGGUAUUGGAGGCGACCCAACCACCCGAGUUCCAGCGGUGCAUGGUGCCUUUGUUCCGGAGGAUCAGUCGAUGCCUCAGCAGCUCGCAUUUUCAGGUGGCAGAGAGGGCCCUCUUCUUAUGGAACAACGACCACAUCGAGAACCUCAUCAAACAAAACCGUAAGGUCAUACUCCCAAUCAUCUUCCCCUCACUAGAGAAAAACGCACAGGCCCACUGGAAUCAGGCCGUCCAGAGUCUGACCCUUAAUGUCCGCAAGAUAUUCUCCGACGUGGACCCUGACCUAUUACAAGACUGCCUACUCAAAUUUCAAGAAGAUGAAGCCCAAGAACAGGAAAUCAAGGCCAAACGAGACUCCACCUGGAAACACCUCGAGGAAAUAGCCACGGCCAAAGCUGCCAGCAAUGAGCCAGUUCUUGUGCCCUUAAGGACGAGUACUAAAGUGCCAUCUGGGUAA